AUGGCGAUUUACGGCCAUGUCCUGAGUACAGUGUCACUGUGGCCUCAAAGCUUCAGCACUGGCACUCAGAGAUCGAUUGCUAAGUCUGAGAAUCUCGUGGAUGAGUUUAACCCCGGCUUACAAAAGCUAGUUACUUUGGGGAACAGCUACAUAAAAGCUUUUCAAGCCCUGGCUCAGACGAGUGAGGCCUACUUCAGUUUUCUUGCUAAGAUGGGCGAGCAAGCGCUCAACACUUUAUCGUCCAAAUCGCUCGGUGAUGUGCUGAUUCAGAUAUCAGAGACCCAGCGCAAGCUUACAGCUGAGGUGGAGGGUGUGUUCUGUUGGUUUCAUGUGGAGGUUCUGCAGGCAAUGGACAAGAAUGUGAAGUUGGAUGAGGAGUACAUUGAGGGAAGCCGAAGAGUCUAUGAACUGGAGGUAAGAAAUCAGGCUGCAGUUCUGGAGAGGCAGCUGAGACGUGGAGCCUUCAGAGACUCGCUGGAAGGUAGCGAGUACAUGCAAUACCUGAGACAGAGCCAGCAGGAAAUUCUUAAAGAGGAAGAGAGAAGAUAUCGUUUCCUGGCCGAGAAACACUGCAGCCUCACGCAGUCUCUACUGUUUCUUAUCAACAAGACAGGGGUAUCUCUACAGCAGAGAGCCGAUGGGUGGAAAGAGAGAGUCAGCGAGACCAGAAGCUCCAGACCUCGAACGCCCACUCCAUCAGAUCAAGAGGCUCAGUUAAGGAGUUCUUUAGGCUCUUUUCUUCAGACUGGAGAUCGAGAGAUGUCGCAUGAGCCGCUUGGCAGAGUGCCCUCUAGAGCCCCGUCUCCUCUGCCCAACCGGUCUCGCUCCAGCUCUGUGGGUGAGUCUUUGGGUCUAGGUGGUGGCCGCUCCAUGAGGGCCAUAGUAUCUCAUCCCCCUUCAUCGAAUCCAGUCCUGCUGCCGUUUUCCCGUGGCGACAUGCUGACUGUACUCAUACCAGAACCCAGGAAUGGCUGGCUGUACGGACGUCAUGACUCAAGCCUCCGUCAAGGCUGGUUUCCUUCUGCCUACGUGGCUGUCGCUGAUGAUUUUUUACCUUUGGGUUCAAGUGGGGCGUCGCACAAAAGCCACAGCAUGAACAACCUCCUGGAGCCAACCAGCCAAUCAGAAAUGAAUUCAGACUUGAAAAGCAAUAGUGACAUCACGACUAUGCGUAAAGCUUCGGUUGAUCUGCGUCCGGUCUCUCCGCUCCCCAACAACGAAGUAAAAACCAAUCAGAAGACCUACAAUGAGAUACCGACCCCAUCCGCGCCGCAACGCCGCGCAUCGACUGACAUUCGCCCAAUAUCGCCACUCCCCGACAGGAGGGCGGAGUCUCAUUUUGAAAGCAAAGUGGAGCAUAAAAGUUAUGAACUCCCGCCUCCAGCCCCGCCCCUUCCACACUCCCCUUUACCCGAGCGAAAGGUGGAAUCAAGCGUUGAGAGGCCAGCAGCUCAUAUACAACCACAAGAGCAUCCACUUUUUCCCAGAGGAUCGAAUCCCUUUGCCACCGUGAAGCUCCGCCCCACAGUCACCAAUGACAGAUCCUCACCACGGAUUCACUGACGGUUACCAUAGCAAUCCUGAACUCUGACUGGCUCAGGGUCUGUACUAAAUGUCAAAAUCUGUACGGCAAGCAGUAUAUCGAAUGAAAAGAUAUUUCUUUAAAAUUUUAAACUCAAUUUUAAACUCUUUAAAGUCACUAACCCUUAUGUACUGUUGGGGACGUUUUCAUCCACUAUGGGGUGCUUUUGAGUCUUAAUUUGGCCACAACUUUCUCUGUGUUUUAGGAAAUGAAAUGAUUUUUGGUGACACGUCUUAUAUUGACACAUAUUUUGGGAAAAUGCUUUGAAAUGAAAAAAAAAAAACAAGUUUACUACCCAUUUGUGUUGUUCAGGAUAAAAUAAUACACUAAAUUAAACCGCUUUAAAAUUUUCCAUUUUUAUUUGCAUAAAUCUGUUUAUCAACCUCAGUCCUGAUCAGAACUACUAAAUGUUUAAAAAAAAAAACUCGAGGAUUUUAUCUUUUUAAUUGACAAGUUAAGUUAUGUCACUGAUUUCAGAAAAAAUACACAAAAUGACUGAUUUUCAAUAUAAAAAGUACGGAGCCCCUAAGGGGACAUGGAGCAAAAAAUAAAUAAAGUUUAGUUUAGCGUGCGCAUGCGAUAGUUUCACGUGCGCACGCUAAACUAAACUUUAUUUAUUUUUUAGUAAAAAUAAAACUUUCACUUCCAAAAAAAAAAUUCUGUCCACAAUUACUUUUUUACCGAGCCCCUAAGGUGACAUUGGAGUAAAAAAAUAUAAAGUUUAGUUUUAUGUGCUCACGCGAAACAUUCACGUGCAGAUUUUUAUUAAAAAGUUUAGUUUUCACGCGAUAAAUUCACGUGCACAUGCGAAAAACUAAACUUUUUAACACAAUUCUGCACAUGAAGGUUUCGCGUGAGCACAUGAAAGUUUCACGUGAGCACAUGAAACUAAACUUGAGAUUUUUUUUACUUCAAUGUCACCCUAGGGCAGUGCUUUUCAAAUAGUGGGGCGGGACCCCCAGGGGGGGCUAGAAGCGACAGCAGGGGGGGCGCGCGAGACCCCGGGGAAAAUACUUUUUCAGAAAGUGUU